UUUAAAUUUGUUUGGUCUUCAUGGGCCAGAAACCCAAAGAAAAUUGGGCCGUUUGCUAACAGCCACCGAUUACAUUUGCAGGUCUACAUAGUAUACAUGGGCGACCGACCGCGACCCGGAAUCGCUGGAACUGCUGCUGCUUCUGCUCUCCACAUAAGUCUCCUUCACCAGGUCACCGGCAGUGCCACCGCUGCUUCCGAGUCCCUGGUUUGCAGCUACAGCAGGAGCUUUAAUGGCUUUGCCGCCAGGCUGACCAAGACCGAGUCGGAGAAACUUUCUGGGUAUGAAGGUGUAGUGUCUGUUUUCGCCAGUCAGAAGAGAGAACUCCACACGACAAGGUCAUGGGACUUCCUGGGUUUCCAUCAGAAUGUCAAGAGAAGGACUGUGGAGAGCGACAUUAUCAUUGGGAUGCUCGACACCGGAAUUUGGCCAGAGUCACAGAGCUUCAACGAUUCUGGAUACGGGCCACCUCCGCAGAAAUGGAAGGGCAUCUGCCAAUCCUCUGCCAAUUUCUCCUGCAACAACAAGAUCAUUGGAGCCAAAUGGUACCAUGCUAGGCGCAACUACAGUGAACAUGACGUUCUCUCGCCAAGGGAUUCUCUAGGUCAUGGAACUCACACAGCUUCUACAGCAGCAGGCAACUUGGUCACUCCAGCAAGUCUUUUUGGCCUUGCCUCAGGGACUGCACGAGGAGGGGUGCCCUCUGCCCGACUCGCCGUUUACAAGAUCUGUUGGUCUGAUGGCUGCUUCGAUGAGGACACUCUAAGGGCAUUCGAUGAUGCAAUUGCUGAUGGAGUCGACAUUAUUUCCAUCUCGGUCGGCGGAUUGUUUCCAAAGGAUUACUUUCACGACCCCAUUGCUAUAGGAGCUUUCCAUUCCAUGAAGAACGGAAUCCUCACGUCCAACUCAGCAGGUAAUAGUGGCCCUUCUCCAGGAACAUUGUCUAAUUUUUCUCCUUGGUCACUCUCUGUGGCUGCUAGCACCAUCGACAGAAAGUUCGUGACUGCGGUGAUGCUGGGUGACGGGAGAACUUAUGAGGGAGUCUCUAUAAACACCUAUUCUCCCAGAAGGUUCUAUCCUCUUGUUUAUGGUGGAGAUGCGGGGAAUAAUAAAUCUGGAAAGAUUGCAACUGAUGCGAGGUAUUGCGCUCUAGGAAGCUUGAACAAGACUUUGGUGCGAGGAAAAAUUGUGCAUUGUGAUGCUAUUGGUUGGGGAACACUCACAGCGGGCGCAGCUGGUGCCAUAAUGGGUUCCUCUUUGGUUGAAGAUCAAGCAUCUUCCUUCCCUUUACCUGUUUCCAUCUUAACGGAUGCUGAAGGAGCCACCAUUGUGGAGUACAUAAAGUCAACCAGUGAUCCAAUAGCACAAAUAUUUAUGACUCAAGACUACAUGGAUAAUUCAUCUGCAUAUGUCAUCAGCUUUUCUUCAAGGGGUCCGAACCCUAUAACCAGAAACAUUCUUAAGCCGGACCUUACAGCACCAGGAGUUAAUAUCCUGGCUGCAUGGUCUCCAGCUGCAGCUCUGACAAAUCUUCCGGGAGACACUAGGAUUGCUCCGUUUAAUGUAAUCUCAGGCACUUCCAUGGCCUGUCCUCAUGCAACUGCAGCAGCAGCUUACGUUAAAUCUUUCCACCCUACAUGGUCUCCGGCAGCCAUCAAGUCUGCUCUAAUGACAACAGCUCAUCCUAUACGUGUCAAAGUCUUACCUGAUGCUGAGUUUGGAUAUGGAUCAGGGCAAGUUGAUCCUUUGAAGGCUGUGGUUCCGGGAUUAGUUUAUGAUGCCGGGUUAAGUGAUUAUGUCAAGUUUCUGUGUGGCCAAGGAUAUACCAAUGCUCAACUCCGUGAGAUCACGGGAGAUCAGAGUUCAUGUAGUUCUGCAGCAACAAAUGAAACGGUAUGGAAUCUUAACUACCCUUCUUUUAUAUUGUCCACGGAGAAGCCAAGGACAUCUGUUACUCGGGUGUUCCACCGGAUAGUUACAAAUGUUGGAUCAGCAACAUCAACCUACAAGGCCAUAGCAAAAACUCCAGUGGGCCUGAUGAUCCAAGUUGAACCACCUGUGUUUUCAUUCAACAACACUGGGGAGAAGCGGUCUUUCGUUGUGACAGUAACUGCUCGCCUGGGGAGGACCAUGUUGUCCGGUUCUUUGGUUCUGAGUGAUGGGACUCAUUCUGUGAGGAGUCCUGUCGUUGCAUUUGUGGCAUCUCAAGAACGUAACUGAUCAGGUGGUUUGGAUCAAGAUCAGGUUCAUUCUCGUAACUGCUAAAUAGUAACUUCAGCAUACUUUCGGAUAAUUUCAGUGUGAGUUGUUUAUUUAUCCUGCCUUUGACUGUAACUUAUGUAGUGAUGUUAUUGAUAUUGCCAAUCAGCAUUAAGACUCUACAACUGUGUGUGUGUGUGCGGUGGGUUAUGUGUGUCAAAUGUAAUGAAUGCCUUCCUAUGUGUGUCUUAGUAAAAUAUCCAUUAUCGAUCCUGCUUGAGGUGAUUGGAAACCAAAAGGCUCAACAUCUGGAGCAUAACAGAUUGCAGUAACGACAUGUCAUUUUGUUUCUGCGCAGGAAUAUCACUUUUUCGCAUCGUAAUCUCUUCACUUGAAGAUUGCAGUAUCAUUCAAAUGAAAUGAUCCCAGAGUUUCCAUAAAGUACUUGGAUGAUGAUGACACUCUGUGAUACUACUUCCCAAAAACUUUAGAAACAUGACUUCCAGUGGUUGAAAUUGAUAUCAUUAGAAAGAGUAAGCUCUGAAAGAAACAGGGUUCAUAGGAAAGAGAAGCUUUUCUCACUGUCUUGCUCGAAAUGUUAUGCUGAGCUGCCAUGGCACUGUGGCACUGCAGAAAAAGUUAGAUUGGCGGUUUUUAGGAGUUAGUAUGGACAUUAAAAGUUGGAAUGUUUCUUGGAGGAGGG